GUGAGAGAAGAGUGAUAUUGAUUGUUACAGCCAGAAUAAUGGUCAUAUAGAACUCUUUAUAUUGAAGCUGGAUUCAAACGGGGGAGCCUAGGUUGAUUUCUCUUAUCACUGAGAAGCCUCGACUCUCCAGUUGUACGAACUACCCAAUAAUUAUUCUGAUGGUAUGUGCCAGCAUCAACAAGUCGAUCUUGUAACGUGCAUGGAAGGAUCUAGCCCUGAGAAGAUAUCCACGAUCUAUAUUGGGGCAUCUCCACCUAAGAGUGUGGCUUAGCCGGUGUUGACCCGCUUAUACGAACCAGCCAAUCACAGUUUAUGGGUUUAGGCAGGAGUCUGGAUGAGAAGUUAUAAUGCAUGCCGUAUGCCCUGGUAUUUAUCCGUCUUAAACUUGAAACUAUUCGGUUUGUUCGAUCGGGAUUCGAGGUCAUACCUGGUUUCAUUCAGCAGCCAACUCUGACCAGCCAACGUCAACAUGCUGAACGAGGCCAGGAACAAGAACACCAAGACGGCCAAUCACGCCUGGAGAAAAAAGCCGCGCAGGUCCGCUCCAAAAUCAAGACUCGGCUGUAGGACGUGCAAAAUAAGAAGGAUAAAAUGCGACUUGUCUCAGCCUUCAUGUUUGAGAUGCAGUUCUACUGGUCGGACGUGUGACGGGUACAAUGAAAUGCCCCACGCUCUCAAGAUCGAAAACACCAAGACCUCAGCUCGUCAUUGCAACCGAAAGGCCGACACAAUGGAGAGCUGCGACAAAACUUGCCACUCAUGCACCAUCACCCGAACGUCUCAACCAAGACCAAAACCAGGCCAUGGCCUCAUCCCGCAGAACCUCGAACCCUUCAUGGUCCUACCAAUGACCGAGCCAGGACACGCAGAAGCAGUGCGUUUCUUCGAGUACCACUCAAUCAAGCGCCUGAACGAAUACAACCCGUGCCAAUCGUGGCAGGAGACACUCAUGUUCUUCUCCCAAACAGUUCCAGCAGUGCGCUCUGCUGCUGUUGCUCUCGCUCUGAUUCAGCGGAGGUAUUUGGAUUGUGAUGGUCGGCCUCAAUGCUCAGACUCCAAACUGGAAGAUGGAUCGCCGGAUAAAGCGCCAUUGUUUCAUUAUAACCGGGCCAUUCAACUUCUCCUAACUCAGGACAUUGGAUGUGGCGACGGCACCCACGCGACGGCUAUCACCCUCUUGGUGUGCUACCUCUUCAUCUGCUUCGAUCAUCUGGCGGGCAACGACGUACAAGCAGUGAGGCACCUGCGCGGAGGCGUGGAGCUGGCGCGCACAAUUGACAGGGACACACUGAACUAUGACCAUGUCCAUGACCAUGACCAUGUCCAGCCCUCAAAAACCCGCUCGCUGAUCUGCGAAGUCGCAAGACAGAUCCGCCGUCUCGACAUGCAGGCCGUCACGUUUAUGGUUGAUUGGGCGCCGGCUGAUAUCCGAGAAGAAGAAGAAGAAGAGAUAUUCAUGUCUUCUCAGCAGCUCCCGCUACUCUGCGAUAAUAGCAAUGGCAGCAGUGCCUUUUGCUCUCUUGACCACGCCGCCGACACGCUCCAGAUUCUCGUCGCGCGCGUAGUGAGGCUGUGCAAUACGGGACAGCAGGUGUCGCCACUGGGUAAGAUGCCGCCGCUACCGUCUUCACUUGGGGAUGUUGUUCUCACGGAGUGGGAAACGUGGUCCGCCCUCUUCGAGAACAUGCUACUCGCACAAGGGGGUAACCUUGAUAUAAUGAUGGAAUCGGAAAGCCGCUCUUCGUUCGUAUCACUCUUGCGCCUGCAACAUACCAUCGCUCGUAUUCUUGUGAGCACCGCCGGACCAGGCAGGGAAAUGGAGUAUGACAAGUACACGCCGCAGUUCGAGCAAUGCGUCGCUCUAGCGGGUGCCGUGGCGGCGUCUUCCUCUUCGUACUCGGGCUCGUCGUCGUUGAUCAACAACCCUAGCCGUAAGCCAACCCCAACUGCAACUGCGACUGCAACCGCAACCCCGGCAUUCACGCCAGAAAUCGGAAUCGUCCCGGUCCUCUACAUCAUCGGCGUCAAAUGCCGACAUCCCGUCGUCCGCCGCGACGCCUUGAACAUCCUGCGACGGCACCGCAUCCGCGAGGCGAUCUGGGAUAGCGUCGUGACUGCGAGAGUUGUUGAGCGGGUUAUUAAAAUUGAAGAGGGUGGGAACGGAGAGGAAAAGGGGCAAGGGCAGGCGGAGUUGGUACAGAGUGCAGCGGAUAUUCCUGCGGGGCGGAGGGUACAGGCUUUGUCUUUUGUUGUUGAAGCUGGUGGAGGAGGUAGGGCGGAUAUAACGUAUACGUUCUGUGCGCGGGAGGGGGUGUAUGUUGAGUCUUUAGUGAUUUAGCAGACAAGUGGUCCUCUCAUGAUACUGCGAGAAAUGCAAUGAAUCAGGCAAUCACGCGGAAUGACUCACGGGUGGUAUUAUCGGACUCGCACAAUUUCGUAGCAAAGCCGAGUAAAGAUAUCCAAUCACCUCGACCAAGUUCAAUCUAGGCAGUGUAGGCAUGUCUUCUCUGCCAUGAAGUGCUCUUCUAGUCGCUUGAAAUAGAGAAACGGGGCUGGCACCACCAGGGAGCCUUCCAUAGCCGAGAGAUUAGGAAGUCACGUCCGAAUGACCUUGAUUAAGGUUAAGCUUCGCAUCAAUUUGAC